AUGGCAUCAGCUGCAGCCAUGGCCGCUCCGCCUCCCUUUACCCUCGACGCUGGCACCGCUGUCUCCCUCGCCAUCGCCUUCGCGCUCAUGCCGUCAGCACAGAUUCUGGGUGCCUUUGCACUGCCCAAGUCCACGCCUCGAAAGCUUUAUUUCCUCUUCCUGUGGCAUGCCUAUGAUUUCCUCACCCACUUCAUCAUCGAGGGCAGCUACCUGUACCAUUGCUUCUUCUCGUACAAGCAAUUGCCGCCGCAAACCGCCGACGUCUCUCAUCCAGCGUCCUGGGGAGGGGAGCCGCAAGCUUACCUGUACAAUCGCCCUGACCGCCGAUACGGUGCCCUAUACUCUCAAGGUCCCAUGGCUCGACUGUGGCAAGAAUAUGCAAAGGCAGAUCGAAGAUGGGGAGGUGCAGACCUGAACGUUAUAUCGCUGGAGAUUCUCACCGUUUGUCUGGCUGGUCCGUUUGCCAUGUACAUCUGUUAUCUGAUCUCCAAGAUUGCAAACGCCACGGAUGAAAGUGUCAAGAGUCGAAACCAAUCCCGGCUCUGGUUCACGGCAAUUAUUCUCGCAACUGGAGAGCUGUAUGGAGGGUUCAUGACGUUCGCACCUGAGUGGUUGAGUGGCAGCACCGCCCUAGCCAGCGACGACCCCGUCUAUCUCUGGCUAUACCUGGUUUUUUUCAACGUGCUGUGGGUUGGCAUACCUUUCUGGGUUCUGUAUACAGCCUCCCAAGAGAUCUCCGCAGCAUUUGCGCCGAAAGGCGCGUCCAUUAGGAAGACGAAAUGA